AUGAAAUCAAAUGAUGGCCGCCAGACCGAGACGACGCCGACUGACCUGGAGAAGAUCGAGGGGCCGAUCCGCUCGUCUCUCCCCUCGUUUGGCCAUAACACCAACUGCCCUUCCAUCCCAGAUACCUUGACGAUGAUUCGAGCUACGCUGAUCCUCUCCGCCGUCUUGACGGUGGCCAUGAUGUCCUGGGGAGCGCUUUGUGCGCCGACUCCCGCUGUGCUUCCGCACCCGAGCAUGGAAAUGAUGCAAGAUGCCCAGAUGCUUUGGCGUACCGUCACGCACCAAAACAUCCUGCCGGGCACUCUGCACAGUGUGAAUCCCGAGGUGGGUGUCACCGCGCGCUGGCACGAGUUUCUCCGCAGGGACGGUCGUGCGACUUUGGCGUACAUUGUCGAGGAGCUGAAAGACAUCCAAUUCAGAAGCUUUCUAGAGGGUCGCUACGGUAAACCGGUGAUGGCCGUGUCCGAGAGGAGGGAGCAGUUCGUUGCGCGUCGUCUGGUCAACGCGUUUAUCGAACAGCACUACCCUGCGAACCAGCUGCGGUGGGGUAGGACCGGGCCGAGUUUCGUUGCGCUCCAAAGGCUGGCGGAUGUUGCGGUGAGCCAGGAGGCUGAAAGGCAUCUCGGACACGUAGCCGGACCCAGCGGCGCCGGGUUCCACCCCAAGCUCGAAGAGGGUGGCGAUCAGUCGUGGUAA